CCCCCCAAACACUCACCAUUGUCUCUCUCACACAUACACCUUGCUCUGUUUCACACACCAUUGUCAUCGUCUCUUCCCCACACCCUUUGUGUCACACUCCUGUCUCUCCCUGUCUCACACAGACCAUACCUCCAUGUCUCACCCAUGCACACACUAUUGUCUCUGGCCUCUGCCCUUCCUGUCUCACAUUCCUACCCCUUCCGACUCACACCUAUCCAUGUCUUACACACUUACCUCCUCCCUGUCUCACACCCCCUCUCCCUGUCUCACACACUCACCCCCUCCUUGUCUCAUACCCCCUCUGUCUGUCUCACACACACGACACCUCCGUGUCUCACCCACGGACACCAUCCAUUGUCUCUGCCUCACGCCCUCCCUGUCUCACACUCAGAGCCCCUCACCCUCGCCCCUCCCUGGCUCACACUCACACCCCUCUCUCUGCCACACUCACGCGGUUGCGCUUGCGCUCCUGCUCCUCCUCCCGGCUCGUUGCGAGCGGGGCCGGGGCUGCCAGUAGCGGCAGAGCCGGUCGCGAACCGGAGCGGAGAGCUGAGCGGAACUGAGGCGGAUCCCGGAGCGAUGGGGGCCCGGGUUCCCCAGCGCUCCUAGGCGGGCGGGUCCCCCCGAUUCCCCACGGCGGCGCCCGGAGCUCAUGGGCGCCCGCACGGGUUGAGACUCCCCGCCGGACGGGCUCGGAGGGACCCAGGCGUCCUGGCACCAUGGCGUUCACCUUCGCCGCCUUCUGCUACAUGCUCACCCUGGUGCUGUGCGCCUCGCUCAUCUUCUUCGUCAUCUGGCAUAUCAUCGCUUUUGACGAGCUGCACACAGACUUCAAGAGUCCCAUUGACCAGGGGAACCCAGCGAGGGCACGAGAGCGAUUGAAAAACAUUGAGCGGAUUUGCUGCCUCCUGAGAAAGCUCGUGGUUCCUGAAUACUCCAUCCAUGGGCUCUUCUGCCUCAUGUUCCUGUGUGCAGCCGAGUGGGUCACCCUGGGCCUCAACAUCCCUCUGCUCUUUUACCACCUCUGGAGGUACUUCCACCGCCCAGCAGACGGGUCUGAGGUGAUGUACGAUGCCGUCUCCAUCAUGAAUGCCGACAUCCUCAACUACUGCCAGAAGGAGUCGUGGUGCAAACUAGCCUUCUAUCUGCUGUCCUUCUUCUACUACUUGUACAGUAUGGUUUAUACUUUGGUGAGUUUCUAAGAGGACUGAGUGGGGGACCCCACAAUUAUCUCAGUGGCUGCUCCCGGACUCCUGGGUUCACUCCCAACCAGCUGUUUCUAGGAGAGCGCAAGAGAUGCUGGGAACACAGGGGGGCCCUGAAACUCCAACACCCCCAUGGAUUUGAGGCUCUGCCCUAUCGCUGGAUGACUCGCAGGAUCCGACGUUGGGCCUUCCCGUAUUAGGGCCACCCCACGUUUUGAGUGACUCACUAAACACUACUGCCCCUCAUUUCUGCAGCGCCCAUGAGGAGGGGCGCAUCUCCUCUCAGAUGUACCCUCCCUUCCUGUGAAAUGGGGUCCAGGGCAGAAGCGACCCCCUCCCCACUGCAGCUGGGACACUCCCCAUUGUGAGCCUGUCUGUUGGGGGGCAAGGAGAGGGAUGGGGCACCCUGCCGCACUGUUAAACCCAUUUUAGGGUGCAGGAGAGCUGGGUACUGGGCACCCCUUCCCUCCAUGAAAUUAUAAUGUGAGGGUAGGGGCUCAGGGCUGAUGUUCCCAACACAAGACCGGGGGGUUAUUCUGUUGGACACAUUUACGUCUAAUCCGGGGGUGUAACCCCCAACCUAUGGAGCACAGCCCCUGGCCCUGCACCGCACCCCAGGGCAAGCCCAAACCCCACACAUGCCAGGGCAUGGCAGGGUAUUUCUGUGUGUUUGUAGUGUUGAAUUUGUUACCAGGAGUUAUUGUCUGGUGUGGGGGCUGGGGGGCCCAGAGGGGUGCCUUAACUAGACCCCGGGGAGAAGGGGGUCAAGGCUGAACAAUGACACCCUCACCAGGUUAUCCCUCCCUUGCAAAUGUCAGGGCCCCUCCAACCCUGCCUCCUCAUUACCAAGUUGGGGAAGGAUUUUGGGGUACAUGCAAAUUUGGGCUUUGAGUCCAGAAAAUUGGGAUGGGGUCCCUGUGUCGGGGUGACCUGUUAGCUUGCAUGGGGAGUCCCUGUGCAGAGCACCCCGUUGUCCCAUAUGGGGAGCUGUUCUGGGCUCAGUGCUGGUGGUGCUGGGGAGGAAACCCCUGGGCUUACGGGGAGGGGAUUUUCAUGCCCUCCACCUCCACCUGGGGUCAGACCCAUACAGAAAGGGACCCUGGUGCCAGAGCUGUCUACAGAUGUGUAUGUGUGUGUGUGUGGGAAGUCGCUUCCUCCUGGUUCCGCCACCCCCCCACCCCGCCCCGCAGGGCAUUUCUGUAUAAAAGAAACAUUGGAUAAACAAUCCUCAACUUUGUGGCUAAAUAAAAACUUGCAAAAAAAAAACAAAAAGUGCCCCAUUGACCUCCUGGUAUCUGUAAGUGGGAUAUGGGCCAUCAGGGAGUGCUGGCU